AUGAAGCAUAUCCUAAUGCUUGCUUUAAUGCUAUAAAAUCUAAAUAUUUUUUCCCAAUCCCUACCUCAUGAUUCUCCUUCUGAAUAUGGAGAUACUUAGUUACUUACAAUAAUUGAUACACCAAAUGAUUAAAACAUUAAAUUUGAAAACCAAGAAUCAAAAGCCAGAAUUACAUAAGAGAAUCUCUCAAUGUACGUUUACCCAGAUGGGGAAAGCAGUACAGACAAAAUUAUUGCUGAUGUACUACUUGGGGCCCCAAUCAGUCCCAAAAAUUUAAUUGUAAAAGUUGUUGGCCAUUAAGAGCCCAAUCCUAUAAAAUCUGUUUUGAUGGAAGGAUUGUCAAAACUUCUAAAGCAACCAGAUUUCAAAUAUAUUGCAUCUAUUCACACUUCGAAUAAUAUCGUAUUAAAAAAUGACGAUGCUAACAUAAUAUUUGGAAACUUAAAGAAAUGUUAAGAUAUACAUAAAUAAUCAGGCAUCCAUUGGUCUAGUGUCUAAAUUGAUGCAGAGCCAGUAUUUGAUUCAAGCUCCGGUCUUAACAACGUUGAUUUUCUGAUCUAUCUUGGAAACCUAAUUAAUAAUUAAUUACGCCUCCCCUUCACUAUAUAUUUCAGCCCUGCUAAGUUUGGCAAUAAGUAGAAUGGAAUUUAUGUGAAAGACAAUGCUUCAUUCAAUAGAGUAAUGAAAUUUAUCAAAGCCUUCUCUGGAAAUCAGAUUUGGCUACCAUCUUAUUCUUAUGCAGAUGACCCAGUGAAAAUUGAUGACAUCGAAGAUAGCGUAAAAAUAUUGAAAUCUGCAAAUGCAAGCUAUCAACUUAUUUUGGAUACUAAAGAUCCUCCUAAACUUAAAAAUAGAAUACAAGAUAUCAAAACAAAAGGACUGAAUUCAGCUGAAGGUUUGAGUAUUUUUUCUGUAAGUAAAAAUGGCAAUGAGAACCUCAAUUAAUCCCUUAGCUAUAUCGCUCAAAUUGAUGAUUGA